UCAAACAUUAUGGAUCUGAAUUUUAUUUCAAUUAUGCCAAAAUGUGAAUUAUGGCUGGCAAUAGAAAUGCCAAUGUUUUACCUGAUCCUGUUUAUGCAAUUCCUAUUAGAUCAUGACCAGUCAAUCCAAUAGACCAACUUUAUGAUUAUAUAGGAGUUGGAGCUGGAAAUCCUGCCUUUACAAUUAAUUCUUAUAAUGGUCUGGGGAAACAAUAUACGUCUUCAAAUUUAAGUAUGGGAUCUGGAAUAAAGGAAUGAGCAGAUUUAAUGAAUAUACGAUUAGUUUGACG